AUGACUGAUGGCAAUGAGAAACUUAAACAAAUGGAGGAGGAGAUGGAUAGAUUCGAGGCUGAGAUUGCUCAUCAGUCGUCAGGCAAGACACCGAAUAAUAUUCCAAUCUCUGGCGGAUUUACAUUCCCUCCUGUUACUAGCUUUAUGCCUCCCCAGUUACGUGUUCAUCAAAACCCGACCAACGUCGUGCAGCCAGUUUAUUCGGUCUUACCACUGCCUCCUGGGGUUCCCAUGUUUGUUCCCCUUUCUCAACCUCCUGUGUCUUGUUACCAUAUGAAUGUCGCUCACACGCAGUUGCCGCCAUCAAAUCCUGUUUUCAUGCCUUCAAAGGCAUCUAAUAUGUCGAUCCCAGCACCAAAAGUGGAAAUGUCUCCCGUUUCAUCAGUUAACAAAGAGACUGUUAGUGAACAUAACCCAACUCAAAAAGUUAUAUCUGCCCCACCACAAAUGGCUGGACCAAACGAGUUAGCGGCACGAGCCAAGCAAGCCGCUGCGGCGGUUGCAGCUGCCAAGUCUAAAGCUGAAGACGAAGACGAUGAUGUUACUCGAGCAUUGCUAGCUGCGGCAGCGGGAGUUACUUACACUCGAGUUCAGGGGCCAGAUGGAAAAGAAAAGGUUUUAGCAAGUAUCACUAAACCUCCGCUAACACCAGUCGUUACACAAUCAAGUAAAAAAUCAAAGCUAACCGAUCUCAAUACAGAUACGGAAGUGAACAAAGUAACACAAACAACAAUAUUACCACCGGUACCACCUACAAUUUAUCGUUCUGCUAGUACAACUACAAAUGAUCAAGUCUAUAAAAAGAAAAAGUACAUUCGCACAGCUGCUGGAGCCACUUGGGAAGAUCCGACUUUGGUUGAAUGGGAUCCAAAUGACUUCCGAUUAUUUUGUGGGGAUUUGGGAAAUGAAGUGACAGAUGACACUCUAGCACGAGCAUUUAACCGCUACCCUUCUUUUCAAAAAGCAAAAGUUGUUCGAGACAAACGUACCAGUAAAUCUCGUGGUUAUGGUUUCGUUAGCUUUUCUGAUCCUGGAGAUUUCACACGUGCCAUGCGAGAAAUGAAUGGUAAAUAUGUUGGUAAUCGUCCGAUCAAACUGAAAAAAAGCGAGUGGCGUAAUCGUCAACUGGAAGUCCAUAGAAAAAAGGAGAAAGAAAAACGAAAACUUGGUUUGAAAAACUGA